UGACAGCCUUUAUGAAUUUAUGAUAAGAAGAUCUAACUCCAUUCUCUAGGUAAAAAAUGACCAAUACCAAAAGUUAUAUAUCGUGAUCUCAAUACUGAAAAAGGGGAAAAAAAAAAAAGGUUAACAAUCGGAAAAGCGGUUCUUCUCCAUUAUACUGUACAAAUAAUACAACAUCUAUCAUCGAGCAUGAAUACCAGCCACGUGUCCAGCUGACGCAUACUCACUAGUGGGUCCCAUUGCGCACUCUCCUUAACCCUACUUAGUAGUUAGUACACCAUUACCAAAUACAAUGCCUAAAUCACAAUAAUCUAUCUCUUCAUCUAUAUAAACCCUUCAUUUUACAUCAUUACCUUCAUCUCAACCCUCUCAUCCUCCAAAAUCUCCUACAACAUUCAUACACUUACUAUUUAUACAUUAUUCUCCACCUUAGUAUAACUUGGACCGACCAUAAUAUAAUAUUUAUACAUAUCCUGUGUUUCUAUUUGUAAUACCAAAUCAGCAGUGUUACUGAUAUCUUAUGGGGACGGUUCAAGAGGAUCAGUAUGUGUAUUCUAACGUGAAUAGGGAGCAAUGUAAGAGCCGAGUGGCGGUGCCACCACCUCAACCAUUCUUCAAGUCCCUACAAGGCUCAUUGAAAGAGACAUUCUUCCCCGACGACCCCUUGAGGCAGUUCAAAAACCAGCCGAGGUCUAGGAAGUUCAUAGUAGGGUUGCAAUACUUCUUUCCCUUCCUCGAGUGGAUGCCAAAGUAUACGUUGGACUUCUUGAAGUCGGACCUCGUUGCCGGGAUCACCAUUGCUAGCCUUGCUAUCCCCCAAGGGAUCAGCUAUGCUAAGCUUGCCAACUUGCCCCCAAUUCUUGGACUAUACUCUAGCUUUGUUCCACCUUUGGUCUAUGCCAUGAUGGGAACUUCUAAAGAUGUGGCGGUAGGAACCAUCGCGGUGGGGUCGCUUUUGACCGGAGCUAUGCUAAGCACCGUUGUUGAUCCGAACCAGAAUCCGAAGCUAUUCCUUCACCUUGCUUUUACUGCUACCCUUGUUGCUGGAAUUUUUGAAGCCACUUUAGGCCUACUAAGGCUAGGUUUCAUAGUGGAUUUCUUAUCACAUGCAACAAUUGUGGGAUUCAUGGGAGGAGCAGCAACAGUGGUGUGUUUGCAACAACUCAAAGGAAUACUUGGACUCACUCAUUUUACUAAAUCUACAGAUAUCAUUGAUGUUAUGCAUUCUGUCUUUUCCCAAGAACACCAGUGGAGAUGGGAAAGUGCAGUACUAGGAUGUGGUUUCCUCUUUUUCCUUCUUCUCACUAAAUACUUUAGCAAGAGAAAGCCAAUAUUCUUUUGGAUAUCAGUGAUGUCUCCUUUGAUCUCAAUUAUAUUGGGAAGCCUACUUGUCUAUCUCACCCAUGCUGAAAAUCAUGGUGUUCAAGUGAUUGGGUUCUUGAAGAAGGGCAUUAAUCCACCUUCAUUUGGAGACUUUGUAUUGUACUCUCCUUACUUUCCGGUGGCUCUCAAAACUGGCAUUGUUACCGGUAUCAUUGCUAUGGCGGAAGGAAUUGCUGUGGCAAGAAGCUUUGCUAUGUUCAAAAACUACAACAUUGAUGGAAACAAAGAAAUGGUUGCCUUGGGAGUUAUGAACAUAAUUGGCUCUUGCACUUCUUGUUAUCUUACCUCAGGUCCAUUUUCGCGGUCAGCUGUGAAUUACAACGCCGGGUGCAAAACAGCAUUUUCAAACAUAAUAAUGUCAACUGCUGUGAUGAUCACACUUCUAUUCCUCACACCAUUGUUCUACUACACCCCUCUUGUGGUCCUCUCAUCCAUCAUCAUGUCUGCUAUGCUCGGCCUUAUAGACUAUGAUGCCGCGAUUCAUCUUUGGAAAACAGAUAAAUUUGAUUUUGUUGUUUGCAUAAGUGCCUACAUUGGCGUGGUUUUUGGCAGCGUUGAAAUUGGCCUAGUGAUCGCGGUUGCAUUGUCCGUGUUGAGGGUGUUGCUAUUCGUGGCUAGACCAAGGACCACGGUCCUGGGUAAUGUGCCGAAUUCGAUUUGCUAUAGGAGUGUUGAUCAAUACCCAGAAGCUCAAACUGUGCCCGGAAUUCUCAUACUUGAAAUUGGUGCUCCUAUAUAUUUUGCCAAUUCUACCUACUUAAGAGAAAGGAUUUCGAGGUGGAUCGAUGAUGAGGAAGAGAGGUUGAAGUUAUCUGGAGAGUCUAGUUUACGUUAUGUCAUCUUGGAUAUGAGAGCCGUCUCAUGCAUUGACACAAGUGGAAUCAGCAUGUUUGAAGAAGUUAAGAAGAUCAUUGACAGAAGAAAGCUUCAGCUUGUAUUAGCAAGUCCAGGAGGAGAAGUGAUGAAGAAAUUGGACAGAGCCAAAUUCAUAGAGAAAUUAGGGCAAGAAUGGAUACAUUUGACCGUUGGGGAGGCAGUUGGAGCAUGUAGGUACAUGCUUCAUACUUACAAGGCUGAUGGUCAACCCGAGACGUGGAGCAACAAUGUUUGACUUAUUUUAAAUUAUUGAUAAAUUUGCUAUUAUUUAAAUUUUGUUUUGGUGCUUAAUCAUAAGAAAUUAAGAACAAUUAAUUAGGUGGCCUGGGGAAGAAAGUAUUGUUAUUAGCAACUUAAUGAAAAUUAGAAAGAAGUUGUGAUUGUUAAUUGGAAGCUAAGGUUUUUAUGCCUUCCAAAUUAAAUCAUCAACAUGUAAAACUAUUUUGUAGUGCAUCAAAAUGAUGCUAGCUAUAUUGUGUAUAUUUAUGAAUCAUGAAAAAAUAUUUCAUGGAAUUUGCAAUCUUCUUCACAUUGUAAUGCAUUGUCAUUGCUACUUAA